AUGUUGGACCGGUGUAGGGUCCUAGCACUGUGUUUGUGUCUAUGUGGAGUCUGCAGUCUUCAGUCUGCUACUGAUCAGGGUCCUCUGUACGCCGUAUAUAACGACCUCCUUGAGAACUACAAGACGUAUACCAGACCCAGGAAGAACUCCAGUGAGACUGUGGAUGUGCUGGUCUCCUACAGUCUGGCAUCUGUUGAAGCCUUGGAGGAGAACACUCAGACACUCAUUUCAACUGGUUACUUAUGGCUUGAAUGGACGGAUGUCCUACUGAGGUGGAACUCAGAUAGAUACGGUAAUAUUACCAAUAUAACAAUACCUGUUGAAAAGCUGUGUUUUCCAGACCUGGUCCUGCUAAAUGGAUUAGAUGACCCGCCUCUCAUAUACCCGGACGGGGAAACAGCAAGGGGUCCUCUGUACGCCGUAUAUAAUGACCUGCUUGAGAACUACAAGACGUAUAUCAGACCCAGGAAGAACGCCAGUGAGACUGUGGAUGUGCUGGUCUCCUACAGUCUGGCAUCUGUUGAACCCUUGGAGGAAAACACUCAGACACUCAUUUCAACUGGUUACGUAUGGCUUGAAUGGACGGACGACCUGCUGACGUGGAACUCAGAUAGAUACGGUAAUAUAACCAAUAUAACAAUACCUGUUGAAAAGUUGUGGUUUCCAGACUUGCUCCUGCUAAAUGGAUUAGAUGACCCGCCUCUCAUAUACCCGGACGGAGAAACAGCAAGGACAGAGAUGGUUUUCACAUUCGUCUUUAAACGCAAGUACCUCUAUUACGUCAUCACCAACAUCCUUCCCGUCAUGCUUCUCUCCGUCCUUAACCUUGGUGUGUUUUUGCUUCCACCGGAGACUGGGGAGAAGGUAUCGCUGUGUAUAUCCAUUGUGCUGUGCUACGCAGUCUACAUGUCUGCCAUCAGUGGACGUCUACCGGAAGUGUCCGAUACUAUACGCGAGAGGAUUGAAUUUAAACUGCUCUCCCUUGUCUAUCAGUCUAUUAAUAACAUUGGCCCAGCAUACCUCCAGGACUUGAUAACACUGUACAAACCGGAAAGAUCUCUCCGCUCCAGUGAUCAACUCUUGCUAGUUGUCCCUGUGAUCAAACUCAAAACCUUUGGUGCAAAUUCAUGUUCCCAUGCUGCUGCCCCCCUCUGGAACUCUCUACCAUCAGAUCUUAAGACCUCCGUGUCACUGCUAAGCUCAAAAGCUCUUCAAAGAAAUAUUUGUGAACGCCAACUUUGCUGUGACGACAUCAAAAACAAAAGAGCUAGCUUCGCAAAAUAUUCCCUGAAUCUCCAUGCUUGCCACAAGAACGUCGUCAUCAGCUGUCUUACACUGUGA